GGGAGGCGGAAAGCCCUCCCGGAGAAGGACACAGAGGGCAAGCGGGCGCGGGGCGGGGCGGAGCGCCGGAAAGCAGCGCCGCGCGGAAACCGGGCGAGCCGGCCCCUCCCGGAAAAAGCCGUAUUGGUGGCGGGCAGCCAGCGGUAUCCUUUAAAAGGACACGAGCCCGCCGGGGCCGCGCAUGCGCGGGACUGCAUAAGAAUUAUUGAGGAAGUAAAGUGGAUUGGAUGAGACCGCACCAUCAAGAAGCCCAAGACACGGAAGGACCAACGGGAGGCCGCUAGAUCCAUGGAGGGAAAUAUUGAAAUCUUAAACCUGAACAUGAAGCCUGGGAACACCCUGAAGGUGAAAGGCAAAAUAUCUGCUGAUACUGUUGGCUUCAGCAUCAAUCUUGGCUGCAGCUCAAGAGAUCUGGCAUUUCACUUCAAUCCCCGCUUCAACGAGUCUGUCAUCGUCUGCAACUCCAAGUGCUCCGAUUCCUGGCAGACGGAACUCCGUGACCACCACCUCCCUUUCUUCAGGGGCUGCACUGUCAAGUUCUUCAUUGAAAUGCUGUUGGACAAGUUCCGUGUGAAGCUGCCGGACGGCCAUGAGGUGUGCUUCCCCAACCGGCACGGCUACCGCAACAUCAGCUACGUAAGCAUCGUGGGGGGACUGAAGAUCAUCUCCUUCAAGCUCACCUGAUGGGCACUGCUUCCUGGCUCUAAUAAAACCCAAGCCAGUGGAAGGCUGGCUGUUCCA